CUGGUAGCAACACGCCUUUUCAUUGGCUGCAAUAAAAACACUUCAUCAGAUAGCCCGAGUGCUGUAAAACGUUUCAGACUUUUGAAAUAUCACAGUUAAGAUACUGUUGCCGACAAUUAAGUAUGGACUUCAAAGGGGUGCUUGUGAAAAUCUUCGCCCGUAAUCGGGAAAUAGUAUUAUGCGCUGCAGGCACAGCAGUUGCUCUGCUUGGACUCGGUCUGGUGUAUAAAUAUAAUGUUACGCGUCCAGAGAAAAAGUUGACUCGAGUGGGAGUUGUUACUCAACUGCUGCUUCAUCCUAUGAAGUCCGGGAAAGCAGUGCUGGUGGAGACCGCAGAAUGUCUGCGAAUGGGGCUGAAAUAUGGCGAACUGCAAGAUCGGCACUGGCUGGUCAUCACGGAGGACGGACACAUGGUGACGGGCAGACAGCAGCCUCGUCUGGUGCUGGUGUCUUUGAACUGUGAAGGAGGCCAGCUGUGUCUCAAUGGACCGCAGAUGGAGGAGUUGAGGGUUCCUCUUCAGCAGUCCAAUAAUGCAGUUGUGGACUGCAGAGUCUUCAGUAUAGAUGUUCAAGGCAGGGACUGUGGGGACGAUGUGUCUAACUGGCUCACACGAUACCUGGAAUCUGACAAGACUGUUCGUCUGGUGCAUUAUGAACCUCAUCUGAAGGCCCAAAUUCCUUCUCAGAAAGAGCCCCUCUUUCCUAAGGAUGAAAAGGUGGCCUAUCCUGAUGCAGCUCCCAUCAUGCUAAUGUCAGAGGCCUCUGUUAGGGACCUGAAUACCCGAUUGGAUAAAGAUGUUACUGUCUUUCAGUUUCGUCCCAGUAUUGUUGUCAGUGACUGCGAGGCCUUCACGGAGGACACAUGGGAUCAUAUUCAGAUUGGCCAAGUGGAGUUGAAGAGAGUUGUUGGCUGUGGAAGAUGCGUUCUUACCACUGUUGACCCUGAGACUGGAAUCAUCACCCGGAAAGAACCACUGGACACUCUCAAAACCUAUCGACUGACUGACCCUAAGCAGAAAACUGCGCCAAUAUUGGGACAGUACUACAUCGUCAAGAAAACAGGUGUUCUUCAUGUGGGUGAACCGGUUUAUAAGGUCACCUAUUGAAAUGGUCAGACAGGAUGGAAUGCAGAACCUUAUUUUUAAUCUAGUGACUAAUUUGCAAGCGACAUUGCUUACAAACACAGUUUCUAAUGUUUGAAUGAAUCAAUAUCCUUGUCAUAAAGUUUCAUUGAAGAAAAAAAAUAAAAUAAUAAAUAAAUUGUUUUGUGAAAUGUUCUAUAUUAGCUGUAGAAUUUUGGUUGGAAUAGUUUUCAGUUGAGUGAGCUAAUUCUUUUAAUGUGAAAUGAGAAGAUGUGAUUUGUGUUCAGUAUAUUCCGCAUUCUAUAUUUUAGGGACCUCGAAAUGACAAUGUAUUGGGAAUAUAAUUGUUACAUUGUAUAAUGGUCUGGUUUCAUGUAACAUGCUAAAAUCAGGAUGUUAAUUUAAACACUGUCUGUGGCUCCUAUAAGGAGGCAUGAGUAUUUGUCAUUAAUCAAAACAGUGAUGUUUUUUUCAAUAUUGAUUUCUCUAAAGCUAUUAAAAUGAUUUCUACUAUCAGGCACUGUUUAUUUGUAAAACGUCCAGUAGAUGGCGCCAUUUCAGUGAUUUCAAGGAGUUUCAUUUGUCGUGGACAACCAGUUAAAUAAACUAUCUCUAUUUUAA